UUUGAAGAUCAGUAAAAAACCAAAGAAUAACACAGAAGGUAGCAUUAGUUGUGAGGAUGAUCGUGGAAAAUAAGGUUCACUCAACUAAUGAAUCCAGCCUGCCGGAAGCAGAUAAAGGACCGGUCAGUAGUGAUGAUUUGCUAGAGGAGUUGACCCGAAACCGGAGUUGGAAGUAUACAGCUCUGAUAAUGUCACUGAUGUUGAUAUGGACGGGACAAACCGUAAACAUUUAUUUAACUGCAUUCGCAGGUAUUGACCCAACCCCCGACGAUAUUUGGAAAUGCAAAUCCGAAAAGUGUCUUGAAUUGACAAGAGUUAAUCCAUCAUUACUUCAAAAAUUUCCUUGCAAAAUCACGGAAGAAGUAAGUGGCAAAGAAGAGCUAAUUUUUGGACCUUCGGACAUAGAAUGGAGUCUUGAGCAUACCUCAUUUUCUGUGGAGUUUGAUUUGUACUGCGAUGUCGGAUCCCGAAAGGCACGGAAAACCCUGUUAUCGUCAAUUUUGUUUGCUGGAGGAUUGUUGGGGUUUAUUCUAGGUGGUUACUUGUACGAUAAUAUUGGAAGAAAAAAGACAGCCAUGAUUGGCAUCUUCAUCGGAGCUUCUUCACAUCUAUUGGGGACAUUUUGUCAUGACUACAAAUUACUCUUAGCAAUUAGGUUUUUCAUUGGCGUUGGUAAUAUUUUAGCUUCCGAUGGGAUGUACAUUCUCACAGCGGAGCUUAUUCCAUCCAAGCAUAGGAACAUCACGAACGGUUGGUCAGGGUGUUUGGCUUCAUUUGGUUACUUCAUUGCAGUAGGAAUCGGCUACUUCAUAAAAAGCUGGAACAACAUGUUUUUAGCAACGUCAAUAAUGAUGUGGCUCAUAGCAUUACAAAUCUUUAUCUGCCCAGAAUCGCCCAGAUUCUUUUUGAUAAAAAAUGAUGUGAACGCAGCCAAGAAAGUCUUCAAAACCUUAGCAAAAUUGAACAGCAUAGACUUGGAUCUAGAAAACAUCCAAAUUAUAGACGUCGGAAAGGCUAAAGAUAGAAACCAUAAUUUCAAGCAGCAACUGACCGAAUUUAUUCGGUACCCGAGUCUUCGACUUGAAACGAUAAUACUCAUGGCCCUGUGGCCAUCUGUUGCUAUGUUUUAUUGUGGUUUCAGUUUUGGUUGGCGAGAGAUAUUGCCAGAUAUAUACUCAGGGUACAUUAUGGCUGGUGUGGGAGAAGCAAUAUCUUCUUUAACGUGCGUCUCUUUUACAGGCUGGCUGGGAAGAAGAAGGGCCAUGGUAGUCAUGUUUCUCGGGGCUGCUCUGACUUACCUCAUAGCGAUUCCAAACGUGGAAUUUGGAAGUGGCUGGACAAUGGAAAGUGUCAGCUGUUUGAUCGGAGUCAUAUUUGUUACCGGAGCAUACGCGGGACUGUUUCUCUGGACUGGAGAAAUAGCACCAACAACACACAGAGGUCUUGUGUUCAGUAUUUGUUCUGGUAUUUCCAGAGUUGGCUCCUUCAUAGGUCCGUUCAUAUUCAACAAUUUGGCACCCAUCACUCACAAAGCGGUACCUCUUGGGGGCCUAGCUUUUAUUUCGGUCCUUUGUAUGCUGGGAUCAUUUCUGCUGGUCGAGACUGGAAACGAGCGGAUACCUCUCACUGGACAAGAUGUCGAGGAAAGAAGAAAGGACUACAAGUACAAAAUCUAG